ACGGGUCUUAAGUUAUAUUUUGAACGCAAAUCGCGGUCAAAAAUAAUUUUAGGUUAUGUGCUCAAAAGAUUGUUAAUGUUUUGUACCAGUGGAAAAAUCAAGAAAAAUGAAGUGUUAAUUUUUAAUUUAAUAGUAUUUUAGUAAGUGUGUAAUUAACAAUAAAAGUUGUUAAUCAUGUCGGUGGCACCAAUUGGCAAUAUUCCUUAUUGCAAAGGAUUAUGGUCCGUUAUAUCUGGAACUAUUUGUCGAUGUGACAAGGAUCUCGUCGAGGAUGAGAUUAAAAACGCAACUCCUCUUUUACGAGAUGGGCUCAAUUUUUUCAAAAAGUUCACUGAAGAAUCGUUACAAGAUGUUUCCAAGAAUAAUCCGCCACCUCGAAUGUAUGACUUAAUCAGUAAACUGGCUCCACUCCUGAAUGUGGACGCGACGAUAACGUGGGAUUUAGUUUGCAAUUUCAUGAUCUACGAAUACAGAAAUUGCGCGGAAACUUUUGCCUCUCAAUUAACGGAUUUGACGUCGAUGAAAGUGUUGAUCGAGGAAAUUUGGAGCUUCUACUACGCGGAGAGGAUAACACUGAUAAAAUGUCUGAAACUAAUGGUGGAAUAUAGAGACAAUGUAAAGCAUCCCCAUCAGAAGGAGUUUUGCAGUUUCUUCGACGAAGUCCUUUUGGGUAGUUUGUUAGAGAGUGUGCAGAAGCAAAUUGAGGCUCUUAAGUUUAUCAACCCUCCCAGUAGAUCACAGCUUUUUACCGAAGACCACUUGCAUUGGAUCUACGAGAGCAGUUUGAAUGAAAUGCGCGAACUGUUGCACAUUUACACGGUGAUUUUGAACGACGUGCACGUCGCGGACAGUGCAUUUAGUAAUAUUUACGCGAGCAUCAGCGGAGAGCCGAGGCGCUUAAUCUCCUACAAGAGCCACGAGGACAGAGAGUUGGUGGCAAAGAAAAUAGAGGUCAUUCAGUACAGUCAGGCGGGUUUGCUGCUAGUCGCGUUCGAUGUGGCGAAACACGUCGGAAUGGAGGAUUGGAUAAAGGGCGUCGGCAAGACGAUGCAAGACACUCUCGAGCACAAGUGUCUGCGCGACAGUCUGCCCCAGGACGGCCCCUUGCUUCUCGCCUGGAUGCUCGCGAAUUACGCGAUCGAACCCGAAAAUCCGGACGUUCUCAACUGUUUCCGUCCGUUCGGCAUUCGGGCGAUUCAAAUGAAUGUCUUUCAUUACUUGAGGGGACUGCUCGAUUCCGAGAUGAUUAGAGAAGACACGCACUAUGCGGAAAUCGUCCGGAGUAGUCUCUAUAAUCUCUUGACUCUCCUUUGUGCUUUUAUUGACGAGGACAGACUCGAUACCCUGACGGGGGUUUUCGACGCCGUCGCCGCUGUUUUGAGAUAUCCGGAGCUCGCCGAAAGAUUCUGGCAGGAGAGAGAAGAGGGACUUUGGGUAUUUUACAAGUAUGCGGCCCAAUGGUUUCCCUAUCGAUUCGAACCCCUCACGGCAAUCGUCACCGGUUUGGCGAGCGCUUCAGCGUCGAGUGCGAAAAACGUGACGCAGGAGCUCGAUAACUUGCCGUCGCUCACUUUGGAGGUGUCUCGCCAAACCUUGCACACGAUGGAUUGUCUGAAGCCCUACGAGCAGGACUGUAUAAUUCAUAGAAAUUCGUUUAGGAUUUCGAGGAACACUCCCCACGAGAGGAUCGAUUCGGCCAGGCGAAGGAACGAUGGCGACGAGUUUGACGUAGUUCUCUGGCAGACGAAGGCAAGCUACUGGGACGCCUUUCACCACAAGAUUGAGCAACUCUUCCUGCAGGCGAGCGGGGGAAUGGCGAGUUUGAGUUACACAGAAGCCCUCCUCCCAGAGCAGGUGUCGCAGGGUUUCGCUCUUUUGGAAGCUCUCCUGGCCACUGACAUGGAGAUUCCUAGAAGUAUGGUAAUUCCCACGGAACUCAGCUUUGAAAUUGUGAACCGAUUCUCGUACGCGAGUCUCUCUUUGAAUAUCUACAAGGUCGUGGCCGCGUGCAUCAGGGUCUCGUCGAAGCUCGUCCUCCGCUACCCCGAAGACGUUCUUUCGCGAAUGAGAACCGAAGUUUAUCCUCGAUUUGACGAUCGAUAUCAGAAGACGACCGAGUUCGCUGAAGCUGUCUCCUUCGACGGAGGGCUCAUCGCUUCCUGGCUGUCCAGUAUCGAGACAAUACAGCACACUUACCCGAUUCUCAACGCUUACCUCGACACCCUGUCCAACUACCUCAUCGCUCGUCACAGUAAAGAAGCGAUGUACUCCGUCGAAAUUCCCGGCAUGGUUCUCCUCCUGCAGAGCAUACUUCCAAAACUCGAUUCCUGGUACUUCCAGUCGGAAUCCGAGAAAGUCGAACUCUGGCUAAAGAGCAUCUUCUGCCUCCACCGAGCCCUGGAUUCGGUCCCCGAACAUAAGGGCGAGUCGCGAAACGAACUGAAACUGAUCGUCACCUACAAUCUACUACACCUUGAACCGAGACACGCGCUACUAAAAAUGGUUCGCACCGGCGAGCGCGCACUGAGGAACCGAAUGAUGAACGAAACGGACUGGAUCGCAGGCAAGGGAUUCAAGGUUAUCAAGAGUGUUCAGUUAGCCCUCUCGGUCGUGAAUCGUCUACUGAUGUACCGAAAGAACCUCGGAUUGGGAAUCGAGGAACGAUCGCCGCUCGAAAUCGCGCUCUACGCCUCGCCUUCCCUGCCGAACGGCCUCCUCAUCGUGCCGACGAUCGUCGACUACCUCUACGUGUGGUUCAGUCCGGCCCUCCAGGCCAUGGCGGUGCGACUCCUAAAGAAGUUCGCCGAGGGAUUCUCCAUGUCGCUUUUGGUUUGCAUGGGAAUGGACGGAACGGCGAUUCGCGAGACAUUCGCCUCGAGGCUAAUGUCGCCCACAUGCGCCGCGGAGGUCAAAGUUGCGGUUUUGGAAUUAGUCGCCGUUUGCCUCGAUCGUCAACCAGGAUUGACCGAGGCACUUUUUAAUAUAAUGCACCAAGCCGAACGCAAGAGAAUUUUCCCUCGACCCGCUGAUGAAUUUCUCACCGAAGGUUGCACUCAAUUCCUAGAUCUUUAUAUGCAAAGAAUUUUCCAGGAGGACAACAUAGUCUACGACCGACUUUACGACUCGACAAUGAGCCUCUUGCGAGCCAUCUGGUAUCACCGGAAUGAAAUUCUCGUCAACUUUUUCCGCAAGAAGCCUGAAUUCUGGAGUCACUUGUUUGCGCCACUCUUUCGGAAAUUGGUACCCAAUGUCAAGGGGUAUUCACAGUUGAUUGACAUCAUCACACUGGAAUUAUUUAAGAGCACGCUUUUGGAAAAGGACUUUGAGACGAACUUGGACAAAUUGUUGGAUGCAAAAGAAGACUAUUGGGGGAAGAUGACGAACUACGUUUUCAAAAGUGUUCCCAACUCGGAGCUGGCUGAGGAAGAAGACCAGGUCAUUUUAGAGAAAGACGGCAUGAAGCCUUUUUAUGAAUCGAUGCUUGAAUCCUGGUAUCAGCUCCUCGUGACUAUUACCGACGAGAGGGUGGCGAAGAAAUACCCGAUCGACGAGAAGCAGGCCCGGGAGACGACAUCCCUGGCACUCGAUCAUUUACUCGAGUUACUGAAGCAACCAACGCCAAAGUCAUCAGCCAGGCGGAUUUCCAUUGCGAAGACCACAAUGCUAUUGGCCUCCAUAGCUCUGCGAUGCAUCUCCUCAUGGAAGUUGAAGUGCAUUAGCAAUUCUUCCGAUUUGAAGAACAAAUUGCGGCAACUCGUUCAUGAAAUUGCGCAAUUCUAUCGAGGGUACGGACGAUCUUUGAGACAGACUUUAAUUUCGUUAGUUUUGGGAUGUAUGCAACUGAUUGGAGAGAUUCUGGUUGAUGACAAUGUGACUCUUGAUUAUUUAUUGGGACAAUCGUGUCUUCUCGCAAUCGGGGACGUUGAGGAGUUGCGCGAAUUGGCCAGAAGUAGGGAAAGAAAACGAAAGUUUGUGAAUGAAGAUGGAAAAGAUAAGGUGGACAGAGCUAGUGAAGAUCUCGAGGCAAUGGAGUUGGCGGCAAUUUCCGAGUCUCUUCCGGCAACAUUGACAGUCAGCGUUAUCACUCAGCUCCUCAACUAUCAGAUCGAAUACAAUUCGAAGAAUCGACGAAGGAAGUCCGCCAGUUUGCAACUUGGACAAUUAAUAUCGGAAAUAAUGACGACAGUCGGUGUCACGAUGCAGAAGCACCCUUACGCAAAAUUCAGCAAGGUUGCCCUCGCUCUGUUGGGAACGGCCGUCAGAUCGAUUUCCGGAAGUUUCAAAUUUGAGGAGGAAGCUGUCGCGAAACUUUGGCUCACCUUGAUUCCACCUCCGGACCUGAAGAACAGUGUCUUGGACUCUCUGUAUGACGAUUGCAGCAGCAUGAGCAUCUGGCGCUGUCAAGAUUGGUGGCCGCUCUACACAAUUGGAAUAGAAUUUAUAAUUGGAUUGGUGAUUAGCGAAUCGUCAUCUGCGUACAUUUCAUUCGUUGUCACAUUUCUUGGAUCGCACGAAUAUCAAUUAAUGGAAGUUUCCACGUUAUUGAGACAUACAGCAGAUCCUGCGGCCGCGGACCUCAUUCAAUCGUUGAUUUCUCUCGUCUCAACUCUCUCGACGAAACCUGUUUAUUGGGACUCCAUACAACCGAGUGUUCGAGAGACUCUAGUGAAAUGCACAUAUCUUGCCUAUGACAGUACAGUGAAUCUCCUGCUACGCCCUCGAAUUUUGAAAUUCAUCAUGGACGGAAUAAGUGUUGAGAGUGCUGAAGAAUUGCAAACAUGUGACGAAAAGCAGCUCAGUGGCGAAUUGAAGCUUCUUGUAAACAAAUUAAUUUUAAUCAAUACAUCCUGUGCAAUGAGUUUUGUUUACUUCUCCCCGCGACUCAAUACUCUCGUCGAUACAAUCUACUGCCAGGAAGAUUUUUGGUACGCUCCAAUGGCGGAGAUGAACUUUGGCCCUCCCCAGAUGUGCAUCACUUCUGGUCCACAAUUGACUUACGGUACAAUAAUUAGUGCCACGCAACUAUUUACACAGGCACAACUUCACGCACAUUCUUCAAAGAGUCCCUCGUCGACAUUAUCGACUCUAUCGAAUACUGUGAUUCGUCCGUCAACGUCGCGAGAUGAGAAAAUUGAUUCGGCGAAGAAGGAAUGGGAGCGAGCGUCGCCGGAAAAUCUGAGGCGAAUGCAAGUGAAAGAUUUACGGAAAAUCCUUCAUCACACGGGUUCAUCGGCCUCAGUUGUCCCAUCGCUCCUCAGCAACCUCUCAAGUGGAAUCGACUUUUCAGGGUUUCUCACGGGGCAAGACGUGACUGUGUCACUUCUCAGCAACCCAAGACUCAUUAGAAGACCCUUUGAUCCUUUGAUUUGCGAAAAUACAAUUCUCUCGAGAGCAACGGCCCUCAUUCCAAUAUCGAGUCGUUCUCAUGUUGGCAAAGGCAGCACCUCCAGUCCGAGGAACGAGCAGGACGCUUUGAAUCGGUCGCGAGGCGAAGCGAGUGGAGGCACGAGUGAUCCUUGGUUCGCUUCGAUGGAGGAAAAUAACACAAGACUCGCCUUGGAGGUGAAUUUAGCGUUGAUACUUUGUCAGGCGCUGGAGGGCGUUAAGAGUCCCAGGUUGGCGUUGAGGGAUCGCCAGCUCAUCGCGAGGGAAACGGCAACUGAGAUUGGAGUCUUCUUCGACUUUUUGGAGCAAAAGAAUUUCACUGAUUGGCAGGUCUCCGCAACACUAAUCGAAGCUGAUUCAAAGAAAUCACGAGUCGUUGAGGCGCCGGAUGUAUUUAACCAGAAAUUAUCGGCGAGAUUAGUCAAAAACUCCACAAUACAAAAGACAGCAGUUAAUUCGCCUUCGAUUGAAUGGGAUUCUUCUCAAGACAAUACGAUUUCUGUUUUCGAAGAUGCUGACGAGCCAGAAGAGAGAUCGAACGAAGACGUAGUCACUAGUGGAGGAUUUGGCACUAAAAUUGUUACAAUGAAAUUUCUACCUCUCUUAGGUAACUUGUUAAAAUCCGUGAUCGAAUCGUUGGACUCGUCAAAUUAUUAAAAAUCAUUUUCUAUUUAUCGAGUCGAUCAAGAUUCCAUAGAAAAGCUUUACGUUGCAUUUUUAAAUGUAAGUAAAGAUAUUUUGUUAAGAAUUUUGUACAAUGCGAAUGUAAUAUAAUAUUUUUCGAAAACA